GAAAAGCCCAUAAAGCCUAACAAAAAUAAAUUAGGGCCCGGCACUAAUGUUCGAGCGAGGUCGUGCUGUCGUGCUGCUCCUGCUGCUGCUGGAAGGGAAUUUUUGUUGAUCUUUCCUCUCCUAUCGCCGGGAUCCCUCGACUAUUCAUCGCUCGCCGGCGCAGCGCGGUCUCUUCCCUUCGCUGCAGCAGGGGUAAAGGGGACACGAACGGAGCAGAACGCCAUGGACUCGAUGCGGGGCGCGCUGGAGCGGGCCAAGAUGCUGGUGGGCAUGGAGGUCGACGAGGAGUCCGCGCUGCCGCCGCCCGAGGAGCAGUCCUUCUUCGACGACAUCAACCGCCACUGCACCCUCAACACCACCCAGAGGCUCUAUGGUUUCGCGAUAUGCUUGGCUGCCGGACUUACGUGCACCUUCUUGUCAAUGAUUGUCUUCUUCAAUCCAGUGAAAUUUGGGGUAACAUUCACCCUUGGCAAUUUGAUGGCCCUUGGAAGUACAGCAUUUCUCAUAGGGCCCAAAAGACAGUUUGAUAUGAUGCUUGAUUCCGUGCGAAUAUAUGCAACUGCUAUAUACAUUGCAAGCAUCAUAGUUGCUCUAUUCUGUGCUCUCUAUGUUCACAGCAAGUUGUUGACUCUACUGGCCAUCAUUUUGGAAUUUGGUGCCCUUGUUUGGUACAGUCUUAGCUACAUACCUUUCGCAAGGUCAAUUGUGUCAAAGGUGAUGACAUCGUGCUUCGACACUGAUUUCUAGAAUCAACCAUCACUGCCUAUGUCUUUUUGUUGCGGGGCGAGUAGAUAUUGGUAAUCUAGUGACAGAUGAAGAGGAUGUGACCUUACCCCUACAACAGGCUCCUGUAAUCAUUGUGAAUCGAGCUGUGCAUUUUAUGCUAAGAUUGUGUUGAUAUUGCCUGUUCUCUUUGGCAUCCCACCUGUGAGCAUGCAUAGAACAACAUUUCUGUCGUUUGCUGAAUAUUGCUGUAAAUUCCAUGGUACUACACCGGUAGUAUGAUAUGCUUGAUCUGCAGAAUACCUUGCCUCA